CCAGGAAGUGACGGCCAAGCCCGCCGAGUCGGAGGAGUCGGCGCCCGCCGCGGCCUUGCGUUCCCGGGCCCUGGGCGAUGGAGAACGGAGAGGUCUACGGAGCCACCACCGAGGCGCACCCGGGCCCCGGCAGAGGCGCCCGGAGCGGCCUCGCCGCCUACUUCACCCUGAGCCGGCUCUCGGGGUUCCGGCGAUUCAAAGUCUUGGAGCUGGUGCUGUCUCUCCUGGCCUUCAUCUGUGAGGAGGUGGUGUCGCAGUGCACUUUGUGUGGAGGACUCUAUUUCUUUGAGUUUGUCAGCUGCAGCGCCUUUCUGCUGAGUCUUCUUAUCCUGAUUGUGUACUGCACGCCAGUGUACGACAGAGUUGAUCCCGCGAAAGUCAAGUCAUCGGAUUUUUAUAUCACUCUGGGCACAGGACUGGUAUUCUUUGUGGCAUCCGUCAUUUUUGCUUUGACACAUGACAAUACCAUAACUGAAAUUGCUGCAAUUGUGUUUGGGAUGCUAGCAAGUCUUGCAUACGUGGCUGACUUCUCCUUUAUGCUCCGGGAAAAAUGUAAGGAGCCCCAGCCGAGAAAAGGGGAGGCCGCCGUGAGGAGAGAGUACCUCACUGAACCUCUGAAUGCUUAGAGACUUGAGGGGACGGGUGCAUAAGGUCGCUGCGUGGGGUGGGGCAGCUCCUGUAGACCCUGGGUCCUUGUUAAACCGCUGAUUUUUGGAGAGCAAGGCAGGACGGCAGUUUGAUCAGUAUUGAUUGGACUGAGGCCAGAGGGCUUUUAAAAAAUUUUGUAACGGUUGAAACUUGUGUCAGAUGAACUUUUGUUUUUGUUUGGAGGUUAAAAGCAGCUGUUUCUUUAAAUCACAUAGCUCAGCUGAUGAAUUAUUCCGUCACUGUUACUAGGGUUAGGUUUCAAAUUAUGCUUUAUAGCUGUAUGAACAGCGUGAUGAAGUUCAUCCAUUUAUAAAUGGUUUACUUUUAAUUUGCUUAGCUGUGACUUUGCUUUUUGAUGACUAGAUACAGUUUAAUGUAUAUUUAAGAGAUCAUUAUUUUAAAUGUUGGUCUACGUUUUUUCCUUACACAUGUAAAACCCAGGCUUUUACCAUAUCUCACUCUGCCUUAAAAUUAUACUGUAACAUUUUAGGAUAUAAUUAUUAACUCCUUCUGAGACCUUUUAUAGCUUCAUAGAAAAUGUAUGGGAGAUGCUGAGAUUUUACAUGUUCUAAAAGCAACAAUGUCAGCAACCCCAUGUAAAAAUACACAUAGAAAAAUGGAAGAAACCGCUACCCUGACGAAGGACCCAAGCUCCGCAUUCGCACAGCGCAGUGGAAAGCGAGUGCAGGGGCAGCCCUCACCGCUUCCCAGGGUGAAGAGGCGAGCUCACACCAUGAGAUGGGACGCGGCUCACUCCUCCUUGCAUAUGGUUAUUUCCCCUGAAAUGAAGGCUCAGGGUUUUCUUUGGAGCCCAUCUUACUUUAAAACCUCAACCUUUGAUUUUUGAUUUGAGAGCUUCCCUGCUCUGUCUCCUUACCAGGAUGGUCCAGGUACUGCUCCAGCAGCCGGCAGAGGUGGGCCUGGGGCUCUGGCUGCCUUGAUGGCAGCUGCUUCAGAUUCCCGGGCCUGUCGCGUUGCAGAGAUUCACGGCAGGAUCUUUAGGGUUCUCGUUCCCACACAGACAGUGCCCUAGUUUCUCUUCAGAGGAGACCUUAAGAAAGGGAGUGCCAGAGACUCCUGCCCAGUUCAGUACUGCUGAUGGUGGGAGAGAGUGCCAGACCCCCCUCAGGGGAACUUCAUAACCAGCUGUAAUUGAAGAACUGUUUGUUGCCGGCAGGCUAACUUAGAGCCAGCUUUGAAUGAGACCGUUCCUAAGGGAGGUCUUUUUAUAACGGGACCUUUCUAACAAGUUCUUCCCAGGCUAGACCUUGCUUGUCCUCUUGUUCAGAGUUUUCACUCGAGACUCCAGAGUGGACUCGUGUUUCCAGUGAGACAGGUUAAUGACCCCGUCCUUAGUUUCUCAUCUGCCACUGUGUCAUGGAUGGUUUCAGACACAGAUGCCCACACACAACCUCUGCUGUCUUCCCGAGGCAGAGCCUUAUCCCUUUGUGUCAGCCUGGUUGCUAGUGGCAACUCACCACUGCCUGCUCGGGAGAUCAUGGACCCAGUCAAGGAAGUACUUUGUGUGUUCACAGGGUGUGCUAAGUAAGGGAGGAGAACUGGCUUAGGUCUAACCUGGGCUCAGAUAACCAGCUUGUGGUAGGCAGGUACCGCUGUCCUUGUAAGUAUCAUCUCCGCCCAGCUGAACUCGCAGCAGACCAUCUGGGUCCCCUCAGGGUCCCCACUCGGGAGGCUGAGAGAAUGGCCCCAGCAGGCUGGUGCGGAGCUGACGCUCUCCUUGUCCCGAGGUUUCACUUCGCUUGUUUCACUGGAGCAGAAUGGAGCUCCUGGCUGACCACCAGAAGAUACUACUUUCACUGGUAUUUCAGGUCAUCCUGGAACCUUUCUUCACCAUUUUUUUUUUAAACAGGACCCACAACUAAUUAGCCUCCAUCUGCUAUGAUGGAAGUUAGGAGUAAAAAGAUCUUUGUGGUCAAUAAAAAUUUCAAGGAGAACUUGAAACCAAAGCCACUGUUACAGAAUGAUGGUAAAUUUAUAUAAGUAGACCUUUGAGAACAGUUCUUUUAAAAGGGAAAAAUGCAUACAGUACAGAGAUUUUAUAAUUGCUAUACUUAAAUUAUGUUCUGUAUGGGGACUGGGGAAUGUAUUUUUACAUUGUUUAUAUUUAAUAAUUUUAAAUCCUGUGGGCCUUUUGUGUCUGUCAAAUUUUGUAGUCUUUCUAAAUAAAUCCACUUUAUUGUUCA